AUGGGGCUGGAACUUUACACAGGAGCUGGUGGUGGCUCGGUGAAGAUGCUGAAACUUUGGAGCUGUGGCCCGGGGAAGGUUCUGGAGCUGUGGAGCUCGUAUGGAAACACGCUGGCAGGUAUUUCUGUAACAAAGAAGACUCAUACAUCUCAAAUUGAAAUUAUUCCAUGCAAGAUCUGUGGAGACAAAUCAUCAGGAAUCCAUUAUGGUGUCAUUACAUGUGAAGGCUGCAAGGGCUUUUUCAGGAGGAGUCAGCAGAGCAAUGCCACCUACUCCUGUCCCCGGCAGAAGAACUGUCUGAUCGACCGGACCAGCCGCAACCGCUGCCAGCACUGCCGGCUACAGAAAUGCCUGGCUGUGGGCAUGUCCCGGGAUGCUGUAAAGUUUGGUCGGAUGUCCAAAAAGCAGCGGGACAGCCUGUACGCGGAGGUGCAGAAACACCGACUGCAGCAGCAGCAGCGCGACCACCAGCAGCAGCCGGGAGAGGCAGAGCCGCUCACCCCCACUUACAAUAUCACCACCAACGGGCUCACAGAGCUGCACGACGACCUCAGUAAUUACAUUGAUGGGCAUACCCCUGAAGGUAGCAAAGCAGACUCUGCAGUUAGCAGCUUCUACUUAGACAUACAGCCUUCUCCAGAUCAGUCGGGUCUUGAUAUUAAUGGAAUCAAACCAGAACCAAUAUGUGACUACACACCAGCAUCGGGCUUCUUCCCUUAUUGUUCUUUUACAAAUGGGGAGACCUCUCCAACUGUGUCCAUGGCAGAAUUAGAACAUCUUGCACAGAAUAUUUCCAAGUCACACAUGGAAACUUGCCAGUACUUGAGAGAGGAGUUGCAGCAGAUAACAUGGCAAACUUUCCUGCAGGAAGAAAUCGAGAACUACCAGAACAAGCAGAGGGAGGUGAUGUGGCAGUUGUGCGCAGUCAAAAUCACAGAAGCUAUUCAGUAUGUAGUGGAAUUUGCCAAACGCAUUGAUGGCUUUAUGGAACUGUGUCAAAAUGAUCAAAUUGUGCUUUUAAAAGCAGGGUCUUUAGAGGUUGUGUUCAUCAGAAUGUGCCGUGCCUUUGACUCCCAGAACAACACAGUCUACUUUGAUGGCAAGUAUGCUAGCCCAGAGGUUUUCAAGUCCUUAGGUUGUGAAGACUUCAUUAGUUUUGUGUUUGAAUUUGGAAAAAGUUUAUGUUCUAUGCACCUGACAGAAGAUGAAAUAGCUUUGUUUUCUGCGUUUGUUUUAAUGUCAGCAGAUCGCUCAUGGCUUCAGGAGAAAGUGAAGAUUGAAAAGCUCCAACAGAAGAUCCAGCUGGCACUUCAGCAUGUCCUACAGAAGAACCACCGAGAGGAUGGGAUUCUAACAAAGUUAAUAUGCAAAGUGUCUACUUUAAGAGCACUGUGUGGACGACAUACAGAAAAGCUUAUGGCAUUUAAAGCAAUAUACCCAGACAUUGUGCGACUUCAUUUUCCUCCACUUUACAAGGAGUUGUUCACUUCAGAGUUUGAGCCAGCAAUGCAAAUUGAUGGGUAAACGUAUCACCUAAGCACUUCUAGAAUGUCUGAAGUACAAACAUUAAAACAAAAGAAAGGAAAAAAAAGGAAAAAAAAAAGAAAGAAAACCAAGACACUUUAUAUGGCCCUGCACAGACCUAGGGAGCCAACACACUGCACAUCUCUUGGCGGUCGGGGUCAGGCGAAGGAUGGGAAACAAUGACACAAAGUUGAACUUGUUUUUCUCAUGCAUAUGAUUUCCAUUAUGCCUACAAAUAUGGACCCUUUUUCUGUCUCAGCUUCUCAAUCCUUGACCUCUGUUUACACAGACUGAGGGUACUAAUGUCAGAAGGUUGUUUUCUCCUGUAGUUCACUGCCCAGACUUUUGACAGAACAAUCAAUUUGUUGAUCAGAACAGAGUCCACCCAAUAAUCAGCGACUGGUGUGAGGUGCAGAGAUUUCAGCAUCAGUUUGCACAACUUGCUCAUUGUUUCAUGAAGGACGAUUUUUUUUCACCUACCACUGUUUGCCAGUAGACAGAACGGCAUGAAAAGGGUCCAUAGCAAUAGCAACAAUAGCAUUAUAAUAUAUUACAGGGUAAAUGGGCAUGAAGACUAUAUAUAGCAAAAGAGAUAUUGUUUAUAUAUUGUUUUAAUUAAUAUAAAAUGUAGUUACUGGUAUAGCUUUUCUCGUUGAAUUGAUAAGGCACUUUCAUUUUGCACCUUUUUCUUUAAAUUAAAUGCUAGCGUGUUCAUUGUUGUGUUGCAUGUGCACCAGAAAUUCAAGUUUAACUGAAAAAGGUUUGGCAGGUACUGGUACAUUGGGAGGUAUUUAUGCUGCUGUUUUCCAUGUUACUUUUAAAGAGAGGCUGGUCAUAUCCUGAAAUGGUUACAGAUUUUUUUAAAGAGUUGAAAAUAAUGACAAUUUUCUACAUAAAAAUAAUCUUUCCAGAUGUUAAAUUCAAAGGUACUUUCAUUUUUAAAUCUUUCAAACCUGGAUGUUUAAAAUUACAUGCCUAAAUUCAAAUUUAAGUGCACAAGUCAAAAGCCUCAUUGUCAAAGGUGCUGAGUUUCACUGUCAGAGUCAAACUAAGCAAUUACAGCUCAUUUCCAAAUGAGUAACACAGCACCUCUGAAAAUCAGGCUGUUAAAUGGUGUAUUUCUGCCCACCAUAAAUCCAGGUUUGAAGAUACUCAAGUCUGUAUCUACAGUAAAAGUAUGUGUGUAUGACAUGUAUGUGGAAAAGUAAUUUUUAUACAUAAUAUUCCAUACUUUUGUACUCCAUAUGGUAAACAAUGCCUUCAGACUCAAACGUGAGCCCAGCAAACCCAGAAGGGGUUUGACUGCAGGGAGAUGGGACCCUGACCCCUGUUCUUCCAGCAUCCAGCAGUUCAGUUCCAGGGAGCUGAUCAGAGAAGUCCAUUGCUCUCCUUGUUUAGAAAGAAGCACUUUAAAGUUUAGCAAAUGGGGACUAACAAAGUAAAGGCAACACUGUUGCUAGAAAGCAUUGGUUCUACUCUGUAUAAUGCCUGGAAAUCACUAAUAUCAUAAAUCUGCAUUCUGUAAUUCUGACUCCUGUACUGCAGAACCAACCAAUAAGCUGAAUCUUGCAGUCUUAUUAAUUACAUUCCCUCCAGGAAGAAUUCUGUCUCUGAGCAAAUCUGGCAGCAAACCCAGUGCUGAAGGAGGCAGAUUCACAGUAAACAACAUUACAAACUGAACUGUGGCUGUUUGAGCCAGAGAUGUGUAAUUGGGUUUGGAUGAGAUGGAGUUGCAUAACUGGAUGCCCUGUGGGCCUGCACAAAGGAAGUUUCUGAUAAAGUACAAAAGAAAAAACUGGGAACUUCAAAAAAGGAAAAGGAAUGAGACAGAAUGUGUUUUAGUUUCCAAGGGUCAACAAUCUCACAUAUGUUACAGUUGUUGAGAAGUAACACGUGAGUAGAAGCACACUGAAGCCUAAGGAUUUUAAAAAGGAGAAUGGGGUCAGUGGAUUAUGAUUAGCAAAAUACAGGUUUAUUCUGUGGUUUGAACGUGUUUCCUUUGGGGUCAAUUUGAGACAUUUAGCUGUGACACCUCCUGAAGUGUUCCAGUGUUCCCAUCAGGGAGGCUCAGAGCUGUCACUGCUCUCCAGGGUUUGGAGGGAGGGAGAGGAGCAUCACUUCCCUCCCCAGAGCAGUGACCCCGAGUGUGGGAGGGCAGCACCUGCAGCCCUGGGAGCACCGGGAUGGAGUCAGGAGAGGGCUCCUGGGAAAAGCCCCCAGAGCUGUCCUUUGCUGCUCCAUCCUGCUGCUCCUGGAGAGGGGGCUCAGCCCAGCAUGUCCCCUCCCCAUCCCACUGGAACAUGUCUGGAAUCAUUGUUUACUUUAUUGGAGUAACUGGCACGAUAUGGUACUUGCAUUCUAAUGUCUGUUCCUAUUUUUGAAGCAACCCUUUUAACUAACAAAUGUUUUCUGAAUGUGACCAGCCUUAGGUGCUAGUCCUGUAAAGAUCAACUAAACUUAAUCUCAGUGUCAACUAAUGAGUACUGAAGUAAGACCUGUACAUUUUUAGAGAGCAAAAUACAACUCCUGCUUGUGACAAUAUGUAGACUACCAGGUAAAAUAUAUGGGGAUUAAUUUUCAGUCACAUCCUUUUUCUUACCUUUUCCUGAUGGAUAUUAGUGCUUUACCAGGCACCUCGGUGCCAGUGGUUUUGUUUGGAAUCUAGUUUGGCAUAUUUACACUCCUAAGUCAUUGACAACACCAUUUUUGGAGCAUUUACUAAUACAGUACAUAACUAUAAAAGGUUUCAGACAGGGCCUUAGCUGACAGUGAUCUUCCAGGCCAGAAAGGGCUGUCAUUUUUGUUGGUGGGAGCUCCUGUGCUGGCCCCUUGUUAAAUCAGGCUGUGCACACCCCCCAGGUAACUCUGCUUUCCUGAUCCCAGGGAACAGCCACUUGGCAAGAGAGUGUAAUUCUUGUUUUGCUCUCCAUGGAGAGGGGAAGAAAGGGCUGCAGGCUGGCAGAGGUACUGAUGAGAUCUGCCAAGGAGGCUUUUAUGGAAGGGGACACCGGCUAACACUGGGGUGGCUGGUCAGGGAUGGCCCUGCCAGAACCAGCAGAGCAGAGGAAACCUCUGCCCAACCUCUGGGACUGGGGCUGGGGUCAGAUGCUCAAACAGAUACUCAGUUAAAAACAAACUUGAGGUCAGUGGAUAUUCAUGAGUAUUUUCAUAAUCUGCCCAGUUCACUACAAAUAAAACACUAGGAUAGCUAAGAGAAAGGAAUAUAUUAGGGUUUAUGACGUGGUCCUCAGAGUCUGCACAGAUGUUUUCAUUGGGUUAUAUCUAUCCAUGGAGAUGUUUUCUGGCUUUCUAGAAGGAGACACUGUCCUGUCAUUGGAACCACCCUAAUGUGUGUCAUCCCCUCCAGCAUUGAUUGACAUUGAAAAACUAUGGGAUUAGGUAAAAAAGGGAGGCUGUUUUUAAGUUUGGUUGUUCUUUAUUAGCUUCUCUUAGUCUGGAUACCAAGAUAUCUGUGUAUGUGCACCUGUGUGUGUGUGAGAGAGUCCAUUGUGUGAGCACACGAGUGUUUGUGUGGGUCCGUGUGAGUGGCUGCUUCUAGGCUGUUCAGUGUCAAUGAAUAAAGAAAAUGUAUUCAAAAUACUUAAGUCAAAAAUAGAAGGUGGAAAAAAGAUUUAUUCUAUACAAAGCCUUGUCUGGACCACUUUAGAGAGACUUCUAUUUUUUUAACCCUUCUAUAAAUGUUUGAUGGCACUUGAAAUAUUCCUGCAAUAAAAUGUGAUUUGUGUAAACAUUAAAAAAAAAAAGAUUUUGUAAUGUGAAACAAUGAAAGAAAGUAAUGUAAUUUUUCUAAAAAACAAAAAAAAAACACAAACGAACGAACUUUGUAUUAUUUUCUUGAUGGAAUUUGUCUAUUUGUCUUUGGAAAACUUUUUAUUUCAUUGAAUGUGCCAUAGUAGAGGUGUGUUUUUCUUUUUCUUUCCUUUUUUUUUGUUGUUUUUACAUUUUAGAUUAAAGGAAUAGCUGUGUUCCGACAUUCCAAAAUGCAAGAUGACAUAGCAGUCAUGAUUAAAAGGUUUGAUUAGUAAGCUUCAAUCAUUGUUGCUUUUUUUGCACAUGUUCUUCAUUCCUCUACAGUGCAAUAUGUACAUAGAGCACUUGCGGGUGUAACCUUGAUCCCUCAGGGAAAAAUACAUAUUUGUACAGGAUUUUUCUUUUUUUUGCCUUUUUUCUUUUCUUUCCUUUUUUUUUUUUUUUUUUUUUUUUUUGCUAAGGAAUGUCGAUUGAAUCACUUGUCUGUUGUUGAGGGGCAGCCAGAUAAUAAUCCUAAACCACUGUCACAAAACAUUGAUUGUUUAAAUUUUGUGCCCUUUUAUUAUUUAAAAAAGAAAAAUAAAAGUUAUUUUCUGACAGUUCUUUGUGCUGAUUGGUGAAAAAAAGGGUAAAUAGAUAAGCACCUUAUGAUUGACUUAACUGUGAAUGACAAUCCAUCUCGUUUCCAACAAGAGCAGCCCUAUCAUUUUGGAGCUGGGGUUAUGAGGCAGAAACUAAUGUGCUCAGGGAUCUUCUAAAACUCUUCAACAGGGUGGCCAGUACUGCUGGUGGAACAAAUUGCUUUUUAAAAAAUCUGCUUGUAUUUCUUCCCUUCCCCCUCCCCCCAGGCACAGGAGAACUGGAUAUUUUUGUUAGCUAAACGUGUGUGCCUCGUUCUCUGACUCACUUUUGCAGCACAGCUGCUUUUUGGUCGCUAUUUUGUUCGAGACAAAACUCCAAACAGCGCAAAGGCUUCGCAGUUAUAUUUUAGGAAACAAAUGCUGACCCACUAAAUAAAUGAUUGAAAUUAAUUUCAGUACCCUCUGGAUGUUUUUAUAACGAUAGGACUAUUUUUCCAGCUGAAAUUCAGUGUUCAGCAACAGGAAAUGGCUUUUCAGUAUUUAAGUUGUCAAAGAAAGCAGGUCAGUGGCUGGCAGUGCAUUAGGAAUGAAAAGGUCACGGUUAGGUGGCAGCAGUGAAGUCACACAGAAAGGGACCCAGAUCUGCAGGAAUACAGGACCAGCACUUCAGACGUCUGGCGCUGUUGCAGAUGUUUCAUGGUAAAGCAAAAGACCUGACUGGAGAGGAACACUGAGGCUGAAGACAUUGUCAUGUCUAGUACAGCAAACACAGCCAUACAGGGGGUUGGCAGUGCCUGGGAAGUGCCCCGGUGCCAGGCUGGAGCUGCUGGAAGCCUGGCCCAAGGAGCUGUGUGUUGUGGCUUCACAAGAGCAGGGACAAACUACGAACAAAGGGAGCAAGACUUCAAGCCUUUGGUUAUGCUGGGAAGAGAGUGACUUUCUCCAUCAAACCUGUCUGCUUGCAGAAAGCACCAGUUUUCCAGCAUUUUGGAGGGUUUUUCACGGGUAUUUGGCUUCCAGCUGUUUACUUUAGAUUGCUUAGGACACAGGGAAAGUGGCUUCUCCAGCUGCCAGGCAGUUGAGCCUGGAAUGGCCUUCCCCAGCAGAGCAGGGCUGAGCCAACUGACCUCCUGAUCAGCUGGUGUGCUUGGCAGCUCCAGCAGAGAAUUCCUGCUGCUGAUCAUAAUAGACCCCGUUCUUUCCAGACUUGCACAUCAAUUAAACCUCCUCUUAGAAUGGACAAUCGAUCAGAUGUUUAACUGUGCAGUGGGAUGAGCCAAACACUACAGUAUCUUUUUUUGGAUUGGCAUAGACAGUCCCCAGUCUGUAGUGGAUGAACUGAACAGGUUACACAGGAUAAGCUGUGCAAACAAUGUGUAUUUUUUUCCCUAGACAUUCCUAAACUCCCCAAUGUAGAUAACCCUAUUAAUAUAAAUGUCAGAAACAGCAUUUACUAUACAAUAUCCGAAAAUAAUAAGCAAUUUUCUCUUGAGUAUUCAGUGUAUGAAAUUUUACCUGUGCUAGUGAUUCAGAUUGCACAGAACACCUUUAUUUUCCCUAGCUGGAGAAAUAUAACUAUUAGAAUUAUUUUUUCAUAAUUAAUACUAAUAUUUAUUACUUUAAAAGUUUCAUCCAUUAAUAUAUUUGAAUAUGAGCCUCCUAUUUUCUUUUUGUUUAAAUAUUCCUGUCAGUAAAUCAUUUGGUGGAAAUGAGGGCACAUGCAUACAGAUACCAAAUACAACAACAAAAAGCAAAGUUUUCAAAUGUAAAGGAGUAUUUAUUUAAAAAUCCUUGCAGUAUGUGCUUUAACUCUAGUACUGUGAUAAUGGCUCGCUACAUAAUGCUCAGUCACUGGACUUGGGGGGGAAAUGUGUAACAUUUAGGAGAAUAUACAGUCUAUCUUUGGAACUUCAUUCAGGUACUAAAUAGAAUUUUAACAUCAAAACAGAAGCUGUAUUCUACCUUUUCCAUAUGUAAUGUUGCUGUUUGUAUUUUUUUUGCCUUUAUCAUUGGUAGAAUAUAGCAAUAACUUUAUAGCAAUAAGUAGGCUAUCCAAAUAAGAAACAAAACAUGAUAAAGGCUUCAGAUCAAUACUCAUGGCUUCACUUCUUCUGCCACAAGAUUCACUUGUAUGUCUUCCCUCAUCAUCUCAUCACUUCUUCAAGCUGAGCUUCACAAUCAAGUUGUCCAACUUGAUGUGUGCCAUCACCCUUUGUUACCACGUGCAUGUUCUCGGUGUUCCCAUGUCCUGUGUGUACUUGUUCUCCCGGGUUAGUGUUUCUCAGGGGUUCUGAAAGCACGAGCUCCGGGGCCGUGUUUCUCUCUGUGUUGGCAUGAGCCCCUUUGGCCGGGGCGGGGAUGUGACCGAGCUGUGAUGAGUGGCAGCCUCCUCGCUGAGGGAGCCGAGCAGCUGCUGUUCCUGGGACCUCUGGGCUGCUCCAAACGCCCGCAGCCCCCAGGCAGCUCCUGCGGCUGCCCCGGCGUGGGGCUGAGCUGCACCUCCAGCUCCCUGGGCAGCGUGUGCCCUGUGCCAGCACAACGCUGGCCGCGCUGGAGCCCCGCUCUGCUCCCGCCCCGAGCAGCGUUCGCCCCACACGGGCUCUGAGAGCGAUCUGAACGCUCCGGCAGCGCUCAGAUGACGAGUUGUGACUUUCGGUUUGAGAAACACUAGCCCGGGAUACCCCCCAGAGUGUCGGUGUGGAUGCACAGCCCUUACAGGAACUUGCAAUCUGUAAUCUCAUCUCUGCUAAGGCAGAGGAUUCAUAAGCAAUACAGUGAAUUGUAGUUCACAAAAAGGCAAACGUACUGUACACCUCUGGAAAUCCAAAACGUUCCUCAUUUCUACACUGAUUUCGAACAAGUCCCAGAACAGUGGUCAAUGUUUGAAGUAUUAGGACAUUAACUGGCUGCUUCUUUCUGUGUAACUGUAUUGUCUGCCUGCUCCUUUUCUGGAGAAGUGUUUUUGUAUUGGAUGUUUGGGCCAAUGGGAGGCUUCAAGCUACAAUGUAUUUUCCCAGAUUAAAUAUAUUUAACAUAUGACAAACCCCAGACAAGGCUUUUUAAAAUGUAUAAAGAACUGCAGUGUUAGGUGGUUUAUUUGCAAACUGUUUUCAAUGUUGUCCAUUUUUAUGGCACCUUUAACAAUAUUCUUGUUUCCAAAGUACAAAAAAAAGGUUAAAAAUACUCUAGCCAUAACUGAAUGUCAAGCAAUAAAAACAAAUGACUUUUUGUGCAUAGAUUUAAAAGAAAUACAAGUUUUAGACAUCUGCAUGUAAAUGCAAUCUCUUGUUUACUGCUUUCUUAAACUUGAGCAACUGAUUCCUUAUUUUACUACUAAUUUAAGGACUUGUAAUGGCCUGUAAACAUUUUAUCUUGCUCUAUUCUUUCAACUCUAACUUUGUCUCUGCUUUGGAGUCAUAAUAUUUAAUGUUGUUCUGCUCACCUCUAUACAGUUAACUUUUUGCUUUCAUUCUGUAUAGAUAAAGUUAUACUAUAAACAGCCUACACAGUGCAAAUAUUUAUCUGUUUAUCAAAUACCACAUUAUGCUGUAUAAUAUCUGUUUUACUAUAUAAUCUAUUUUAGACAUAGCUGUUUAGAACUAGAGUGUGCUAUUUUUGUGUUUUUCUGAUGUGUGGUGCUAGAUAAGUUACUUUUGUGAACAAAAACAAACCCCUUUUAUUCCUAGACAAUACCACCUUUGGGUCUUGUUAAUUUCACUGAGUAUAACUAUAUAUAAAUAUAUAUAUUUGUGUAUAUAUAUAUAUAUACACCAACAUAUGCCCAACAAGUACCUGUAUCAGAGUACAAGAUUUGGGACAUGGUUUUCUCUUUAAAUGCAUAGUGUCAUUAUAUAAAUUAUUCUAUAGUAUAUUUAAUAAGGAGAAAAUUACUUCACCGGUACAGAUACUUGAUAUCAAAUGUAGAAUUUUUUUCUACAUUAUUAACAUUAUUAAUUAUUAACGUUAUUAAAAAUGUUCUGUCCAGCUUGUUAUCCUUUUGGUUACUCAAACAGUCUGCCUGUAUUGUAUCAAACCCAAGAGAAACAUCUGAUGUGCCAGUACAAAGCAGUUCCAGCGUGCUGGCUGUGAGGGAGGUGGCUCUGGGGCUGUUGGGAGAGCUCUGCUGUGCUGCAUGAAGGCUGUGGCUGUUCUGUGCCAGGUGCCUCCUCCCUGCUCCCUCGGGGUGGCACCUGAACACACCCCCGGGGGUGUGCCCGGCCAGGCCUGCACUGAGCUGUAAAUAGGAAUGUUCUGGAACUCCUCCAUAGGGACGGUUGGCUCAGUUCCCUCCCUGGAUAUGCUUUAGAACCAGGCACACAUAUCCAGGGACAGCCAGUAGCAACUAAAGUUCAUUAAGAAGUGGAAUUUGCAACGUUUUGUCAGGUAUGGGGGUUUUGUUUUUCUUUUUUCAUGUAUACCUUAAUUUACGUAGCCAUGUACCCUUCCAAGUACUCCUGUCCCCUGUUCCCUUCAUUCUAGAUAUUGUUUUCAUGUUCAUUCUUAAAAACUGAUGGAUAUCAAAUAUCUAACUAAGGAGGUAAUUAACCUUUUAAAUAUUUAUUAGAAUUUUUCUGUAAUAUUACUGAAUUUAUAAGAUCUUUAGCAAAGAUUUUUGAGCAAUUUAUUAAUAACAAUGUUUCUGUUUACUGCACUUUUUGAUAAUAGAAGGUAGUGAAUUUUAAAGCCAUGGUUCUUGGCUUCCAUGCACUGCUUUUAUACCCUCAAUCCAAGGAAUAUAUAUAUAUAAAUAAUUUUUUUUAAACAGCAAACAUACUGUUGACCUAAAAACAAAUACAAACUUUACUGCACCGUGGGUAUAUUUUCAUAAGUGGAAUGUUUAACUGCAAACACUAUCAGGACAAUUAUAAAAACCUCUUGAAGCUACAAUCUUAUUUAAAUAUAAGCCAUGACAAUUUUAUUUUCCCUUGUUGAUUUAAGUCACCUUUUGAUAUUUUGAAAGAGAAAAGGACUACUCUUAAAUCUGUACGUUCCAACCUACAGGUAAUGCCAGGAACACGUUCCCCCACUGUUUGAACAGUUUGAUAUAUUUAUGCAAAACCAUUUGGUUAACAUUUCUCCUCCCUCUUUACUAAAUAUUCAGUGUACCAACGCCAGAAUCAAUGCUGAUUACAAACACACAUCAGAUUGAAGAUUAAGCACACAGACUUAAAAAACCUCCCUGAGUGAAAUGCUCAGAUUUCUGUAAAUACACACAAGUUGAAAUGCAAUGAUACUGUACAUGUAAAUAUGUGCUGUCUGUUAUGUGUACAGUAUGUAUAAAUUCCUUUUCUAGCCACAAUAAAGUGUAAGCCAUCAAGAGGAAUACUAAAGUGGUAUUGUACUAAACCUUUGCUAAUGAUCUUUACCCAGUCACUUCACUUGUCCCCCUCAUGGACCUUUCCAGCUCACCCCUACAAUAGCCUGCUUAUAUUCGAGUUUGUUAUUUUACUCGGUCCCGAAAAAAGUAUUUUGAUUCAUUUUGUAAAUAUGACUGUAAAAAUAAGAGAUUUAAUGUUGUCUUUUAAAUACUCCAAUUUUCAUUCUAAUAUGAAUGUUGUUAUAUUGUACUUAGAAACUGUACCUUUAAUAUUACAUUACCUUUAUUAAGUGCAUUGAACACAUCGAUUUUAGAUGUGCUUUAUGUACUGUUAUCCUGUAAUAAAACUUCAGCUUCUAAUGGAAAAA